AUGCUACCUUGGAAAUGGUGCCGCAAGAAAAAUAUUUUGCAAGAGAGAAAACAUGGCAGUAUUGUCCCAGUUGUCUCAAAGCAGUCGCACCACCAAUCAACGGGACCGACCCAAAACUCAGAUCCAUUAGCAAAAAAGGCAGAUAUGCAGCACCGAGGCGAUUAUUCAGACACAGACAAUUUAACGAAGGAAGAGAUGAAUAACCGCGAUAGAAAAUCAAACGCAGGCAACUCAACAGGUAUCCAGCCAGUAGCACCAGAACCUUGCACAGGCGCUGUUGUGAUCAGUGGGGUGUCAUGUAGGCUUCCACACUCUGAUAACAUGCAGGAAUUCAGGGAUAAUCUCAUGACUGGAGUGGACAUGGUAACUGAGGACAGCUCAAGGUGGCAGCCAGGAUUGUAUGGUCUCCCAAAGAGAAGUGGUAAACUAAAGGAUCUGUCUAAGUUUGAUGCCACAUUCUUCGGUGUUCAUCCCAAACAAGCGGACAACAUGGACCCACAGUUACGACUGCUGUUGGAGGUCACGUAUGAGGCCAUAGUGGAUGCAGGCGUGGAUCCAAACACAGUGAAGGGAUCUAGGACAGGAGUUUUUAUUGGAGCGAGUACCUCGGAAAGUCAUGAAGCGUGGUCAACGGACCCUGAAUCUACGGUUGGUUACGGCAUGACGGGAUGCACACGGUCAAUGUUUGCUAACAGGCUGUCUUUCUUCUUUGAUUUUAAAGGUCCAAGCUAUGCUGUUGAUACAGCCUGUUCCUCAAGCCUGCUAGCGCUAGACCACGCCCUCUACAGCAUACGGUCAGGACUAUGUGACGCUGCCGUUGUCGGGGGAUCUAACCUAUGCCUCAAACCUGCCAUGGCCGUUCAGUUCAUGAAACUUGGAAUGUUGUCCCCCGAUGGAAUGUGCAAGUCCUUUGAUGCAAAAGGAAAUGGAUAUUGUCGUGCAGAGGGUAUUGUUGCGCUUUAUUUACAACAAGAAUCUGUAGCAAGAAGAAUAUAUUGCACUCUAUUACACACCAAGACCAACAGUGACGGAAAUAAGGUCGAAGGUAUAACAUUUCCAUCCGGAGAAGUGCAGAAACAGCUUCUGGCGGAGGUUUACAGCGAGGUCGGAGUAAACCCAGCCCAGGUGGCUUAUGUUGAAGCCCAUGGGACGGGCACCAAGGCGGGUGACCCGCAGGAAGUCAACACGAUCUGUGACGUAUUCUGUAACGGCCGCAUUGGGGCUCUGCCGAUUGGGUCAGUAAAAUCCAACAUGGGACAUGCUGAACCUGCGUCUGGGCUCGCUGCAGUUGCUAAGGUGAUCGUUGCUAUGGAGGAGGGUCUUAUCCCUGGCAACUUGCACUAUCAUGAGCCUAAUCCGGAGAUACCAGGUUUGAUGAAUGGUCAUUUAAAAGUUGUAGACAAAGCUACGCCGUGGAAUGGUGGAACUGUUGGAGUUAACUCAUUUGGAUUUGGCGGAUCUAAUGUUCAUGCAAUCCUCAGGUCCAAUGAAACACCUGUUUUACCAGAAAAGGGGUGUAAAAAGAAGAGGUUGUUUGUGUAUGCCGGGAGAUCAGAAAAUGGUCUCAAAGAAACCUUGUCCAAGGUUCAAAAGCACGAAACUAACCUCCAUCUCCACAAGCUGAUGCACGAGACGGCUCACAUGUCAGCCAAUAGUCAUCCUUAUAGAGGAUUCACUGUGCUCAAUGAUAGUGAUGUUGCACAUGUACAGAGGGUGACAACCGAGUCCAGGCCGGUGUGGUUUGUGUUCUCUGGAAUGGGCACACAAUGGCAUGGUAUGGGAAAGAAAAUGAUGGACGAUGGUGUCUUUAAAGAGUCCAUUUUGAGAUCCGACGGUGUUUUGCAGCCGUACGGGGUCAAACUGUACGAUCUGCUUAUGAAUGGAGAUGACACCACAUUUGAGAACACUGUCAACUCUUUUGUAGGCAUAGCUGCUAUUCAGGUAGCCCAAGUGGAUAUGCUCAGAAAAAUGGGCGUGUCUCCUGAUGGUAUAGUUGGCCACUCCGUGGGAGAGCUAGGGUGUGCCUACGCUGAUGGAGGUCUGACAGCUGCGGAAACUGUACUGGCGGCCUACUGGAGGGGUCGGUGUAUACAAGAAGCUAAUCUCCCUUCUGGUGCAAUGGCAGCUGUUGGUCUUACGUGGAUUGAGGCCCGUCAGCAGUGCCCAGAGGGAGUUGUUCCAGCUUGUCACAAUUCCAGGGACACCGUCACCGUGUCAGGGCCUCUUGAGGCUGUUAGGGCGUUUGUUCAACAACUCAAGGAGAGGGAUAUCUUUGCCAAGGAGGUCAACACAGCAGGAGUAGCGUUCCACUCGUACUACAUGAAAAACGUUGCAUCCUCUCUGAAAACUGCGCUCGAUGAGGUGAUACCAGCCCCAAGACCCAGGACAAGCCGCUGGAUAAGUUCUUCAAUCCCCAGACACCUGUGGUCCUCGGAACUGGCUAUGAAAUGCUCAGCUGAGUACCACGUGAACAACCUAGUGAGCCCGGUGCUUUUCCAAGAGGCCCUUCAAUGUGUCCCUGAUAAUGCUGUUGUGAUUGAAAUAGCUCCCCACUGUCUCUUACAGCCUAUCUUGAAGCGAUCGCUUUCGGACGAAUGCUGCAUUGUAGGGUUGAUGAAGAGGGGUCAUGAGGACAAUAUGAUGUUUUGCCUUUCAAAUCUCGGAAAGUGUUACCAGCACGGUCUUAAACUGAAUCCCCUUGGUCUAGCAACAGAUGUUUCCUACCCAGUGCCCAGGGGGACUCCCAUGAUUUCUCCCCUGGUUUCUUGGGACCACUCCCUUUCAUGGAACGUACCUACUGCUGAUAUGUUUGCGGGAUGUGGAGCCAGUACGCCAUGUGGGUGUGUCCUUGACAUAGAUGUUUCAUCUGACUCUGAGGAUCACUACAUGAUUGAUCACAAGAUUGAUGGGCGCGUCUUAUAUCCAGCAACAGGAUAUCUGGUUCUAAUCUGGAAGCUCUUGGCCAAAUCGGAAUGUAGAAUGUAUGACGAAAUGAGUGUGGAAUUCAGAGACGUCACAUUUCACCGAGCGACAUUUUUACAGCAAAACGGUAAACUUCAAUUUGAAGUUUCACUAAUGAAAGGAACUGGUGCGUUCGAAAUACUCGAAGGAGGAAGUGUAGUUUGCACGGGAAAUGUUAUUCAAGGUCCUCAAUUUACAUCCCUUUUUAAUACGCCUGAAAUCAAAAGCAGACUCGAACUUUCCCAAGUUGAUAUUUAUAAAGAGUUUCGACUUAGAGGUUAUGAGUACGGUCCAGCGUUUCAAGGCAUAGUCGCAACUGAUCUCAAAGGAACCAAAGGUCAGCUAGAGUGGACUGAAAACUGGGUAACCUUCUUGGAUGCCAUUGUACAAAUGUGCGUGUUUCAUAUUGAUGAAAGAAACCCGGCUUUACCAACCCGUGUAAAGAGUUUGCUGAUAAAUCCGUUAAAACACAACGAAGCUUUACAAGCACGUACAUGCGAUAAACAAGGUGUUGCUGUUGAAUUUGACAAGAACACUGGUACCUGCAUAGCAGGUGGCGUUGAAUUGCUGAAGCUUCGCACUACACCAAUUGCACGCCAAAAGGAUACUCGGCACCCCGCACUUGAAGUGUACAAAUUUACACCUUGCAUUGAUUCGACCCUAAUCCCGUGUGCAGACUCCGUAGUAGUACAGUACAACGCGACGUGUGCGGCUCUUGCAAAAGACAUUUUACAAAAAAAAUCCUCAACAAACAAGAAGCUCAAAUCACUGAUUUCUGGAGGGAAUGUGUUUGUCUCGCCAGGAAUGAAUGGUAGUGCUCAACAAGGUGUUGCAGAUGCUGAAUAUAUUGGCAAUGAUAAAUACGCACUCUUCUCUUUGCUGAAUGAGAUGUACGGUGAUACAACAGACACUGGUCAGGUCCAGAAGAACAUAAAAAUGCUCCAGAAAGAUGUUCUUUUCAGACAACUUCUUGAUCCGGAGACACUCCAGCCGUGUCUUGAUCUAGUUAUUGAAAAUAUGACUACUCAAAGACUCAGCAUUGUGGAAGUUGGAGGUGUUCGAAUGAUGCAAUAUUUGGAACCUCUCUUGGUCAAGCGACCAAAUGUAAAACACUCUUAUUGUUUUACUAGUUUGGACAGCUCUUCAGAACAAGUGAGUGAAGUCGAAAACAUUCAUUGGAGUUUGGACGAGUGUUUACCAACAUCUGUUCAGAAACCUCAUUUGAUCAUGCUAGAUAAUAUUCUUCACAGAGAAAAGCACAUUGAAAAUAGCUUAGAAAAUAUUUUGGAAUCUAUAGAAAACGACGGGUUUCUUUUGGUACACGAGCAAACAAGGAAUUUCGGGCUUUCACUUGCAUUAAAUGUUUCUGAUAUGCUAUGCGAGGACAGCCAAGCCAACAGAAAUCUCGGUUUGUUUUGCACAGCUGACCAAUUGAAACAAAUGUUCUUGUCAGCUGGCUGUGAAAUUAUUGUUGAACGAUCGGAUAGAUUCACAUCGUCGUUAUUUCUACUGAGAAAGAAACAUGAGCUAGCUAUUGACAAACAGCUUUUUCUUGAUGUUUCUGAUACAACAUGCUUCUGGGUGGAAGAAUUAAAGUCCACAAUUGCAAUUCUGCAAUCAAAACCAGAAGGAGAGAAUCUAUGGUUGAGGGCAGACAACGAUUUUACUGGCAUAUUGGGGUUAGUUAACUGCUUGCGAAAGGAACCGGGAGGAAAAAAGAUAAGAUGUGUUUUCACAGACGGAAGCUUGAACGAUCAUGACAAAAGAGAAAUGUUAAAACAGUUGUUGCCGAAAGACUUGGUAAUGAACGUGUACAAGAAAGGAAUAUGGGGGACUUACCGACAUUUUGCUCUUGAAACAGUGCCUCUCAACGACUGCACUCAUGCCUACGCCGAUUUGAAGAUGAUAGGGGAUCUUUCAAGUCUUCAUUGGAUCGAAUCCCCCUUACGUUUCUCCACACCAGACAAAACAACUGACAUUUUCACGGUCCACUUUGCAUCUCUCAACUUCCGUGACAUCAUGUUAGCCACAGGCAAGCUGCCCUCUGACGCCAUCCCCGGAGGCAUUGCCAAACAAGACUGUCUAUUGGGAAUGGAAUUUUCCGGUUUCGACUCAGCCGGAAGGAAAAUUAUGGGACUUUUGCCUGCCAAGGGCUUGGCAACGACAGUAAGUGUUCACAAGAAAUUCAUAUGGUCUGUCCCGGAUAACUGGAUGCUACAAGAAGCAGCAACUAUACCAGUGGUGUACGCAACAGCGUACUAUGCCCUGGUUGUCAGGGGCAACAUUCGCCAUAAUGACAAGGUGUUGAUUCACUCCGGCAGUGGAGGAGUGGGUCAGGCGGCAAUUGCAAUUGCUCUUGACAAAGGAUGUGAGGUAUUUACAACUGUAGGUUCCAAACAGAAGAAGGAAUAUUUGCAAAUGAGAUUUCCGCAGUUACAUAACAAACAUUUCUUCAACUCCAGGGACAUCUCAUUUGAGAAAGGUGUUCUUACCGCAACAGAGGGAAAAGGUGUUGACAUUGUAUUGAAUUCUCUUGCUGAACAAAAACUACAGGCAAGUGUUCGCGUGUUGGCAGACCAUGGCCGGUUUCUGGAGAUUGGAAAAUUUGACUUUUCUAUUAACUCUCAACUCGGAAUGGAAGUGUUUCUGAAGAAUAUCAGUUUCCAUGGCAUUUUACUGGAUUCUUUGUUUGAUGAUGGGAACCAAGAUUGGCCAAUUGUAUCCGAUCUGCUGGUCUCUGGCAUAAAGUCAGGCGUUGUUCGGCCCCUGAAAGCAACGGUGUUUCAAAGAGAUGAUAUGGAAAAAGCUUUCAGAUUAAUGGCACAAGGAAAGCACAUAGGAAAAGUGAUGAUUCAGCAAAAACCUUCGUCGGAGUCAUCUGCAAUACCCGCAGUGCCACGAUUUGCUUGUGACCCGAGCAAGAGCUACAUUAUUACUGGCGGUCUAGGAGGAUUUGGUCUUGAGCUGGCUCAGUGGCUGGCUGACCGUGGAGCUACGAGUCUGGUUCUCACUUCAAGGUCUGGGAUCAGAACUGGCUAUCAGGCCAGAAAGGUCCAGAAACUUAAGGGAAUUGGCGUACACGUUAUCAUUUCGACACAUGACGUAUCGACGGAGAUAGGAGCAAGACAAAUCAUCCAGGAAGCAAAGAAACCAGUUGGCGCGGUUUUUCAUUUGGCAAUGGUGUUGAAAGACGGGUUAAUUGAAAAUCAAGACCAACGCAGCUUCAAGAUAGUAUGUGAACCGAAAGCUUUGGGUUGCAUAAAUCUGGACAAAGCCACGAGAGAGCUCAGUAAAACAACCUGUGAUCUGUUCGUUGCUUUCUCAUCUGUAAGCUGUGGACGGGGAAAUGCUGGCCAGUCCAAUUACGGAUUUGCGAAUUCCGUGAUGGAGAGAGUAUGUGAAAAGAGGAAAGAAGACGGAUUCCAUGGUUUGGUCAUUCAGUGGGGAGCUAUUGGGGAUGUUGGAGUUGUUUUGGAAAACAUGGGAAACAAUGAUACCGUGAUUGGUGGAACGUUGCCUCAACGCAUCUCCUCAUGCUUAGCGACCCUCGACACAUUUCUGAACCAGUCUGCCGUGGUCGUGUCGAGUUUUGUGCCUGCGGAAGAGGACAAAAUUAAACAAGAAAAGGAAAAAGAACAUCAUCUGAAUGCCAUUUACAUCAUUUUAGGUGUCAAUGAUCCAACCAAUAUCAAUAAAAGCGCUACGUUGAGUGACCUUGGUAUCGAUUCAUUGCAAAGUGUGGAAAUCGGACAGGUUUUGCGACGCGAACUUGACAUCAAUAUGUCUGUUAAUGAAAUAAGACGCCUGACCUUGAAUCAAGUGUCAGAAAUGUCACAGGCUGUUGUCGAAGAGGAAGAAAAUUAUACAAUUUCAUUAACUGAAACAAUUGAGAACAAAAACCUGACUCCGAUAGAACUUAUUGUUCCGUUGAAUUCUGCUGCAAAAUCCAAAGAAAGACUUUAUAUCAUCCAUCCAAUUCAAGGGACGGUCCAGGUCCUUCAACACAUGGCCUCCUUCAUGAGUUGUGAAGUAUUCGGCGUCCAAUGUACAUCUAAAGUGCCUCUUACAAGCGUGUCGGAGAUGGCAAAGUUUUACUUAACUAAAAUCAGAGCACACAAUGGUGGUGCCCGUUUCCAUCUAGCUGGGUAUUCGUUUGGAGCAAGUGUUGCCAUGGAUAUAAAUAUUCAACUGUUUCAACACGACUCAGGCUCGGUACUGAAGUCGUUAACCUUUAUAGAAGGAAGCCAUAGAUCAAUAGCAGUGCACAUGAAGCGGUUGAGAGAGAUUCAUGCAACCAACGAUGUCACUGCAUUUGAAACUGAGCUGCUGACGAACUUAAUGGACAGACUCGAAAUCAAAACGCAUAAAAAGGUGCAUUCUCAGCUGCAAUCGGCUAAAAACUUUGAGGAGAGACUUCAGCUAACCUCCGAAAUAGUGCAAAAGUUGCGGCCCAACCUUUCUGCUUCCUCUGUCAAAGAAUUUGCAAAAUCGUUCUACAAAAGAAUAGCAAUUGGGUUAACUUACAGACCUGAAAUGAUAGAUCUUUCCAGAAACGUACAUUUGGUGUGUGCAAAGGACAGUAUUGGUCUAUUGAACAGCGUUGGAGCAGAUUAUGGGUUGAAAGAGAUAUUUUGUGGCAAAAUAGAUGUCCAUCAAGUUUCGGGCGAUCACGAAAGCUGUGUAUUUGGUGACGGCGGAAAACAAAUCGCAGAAGUUCUUGACAGAAUUAUAAACAUAGAAUGA